AUGCGGACUGACCCUCUCGAGGGCCUCAUAAAUGAUGUUGACGACUUGGAUAUCGAGCCGCCUCCUGCAUACAUCGCUGCGCUGCCGCAACCAACAGUCUCUGCUGGCGCGGUCUCUCCUGCUCCCGAUGCGGGCUCCCCACCGGCGACUUCACCGCCCCUUCUUCCAGCACAAACGUCUCCAACCCUCGCAUCGCCAGCACUUUCGGUGUCCCCGACGUCUCCCGCGACGUCACUAAUAUCCACACUCAUUCCGGGCACGGGGACGUUUGCUGGAAUAUCGACGCUGUUCAAUUCCCACCCGGAACUUCCUCGGCCAUUCGAGCUCGUUAUCGAUCGCCCUGUUCCCGUCCCCUCUGUGAGGUUAGACGACCCAGCCGACAUUGUCUACCGCUGUCCUGGGCUGGACAACGCUCGCCCGUAUCCGCUGUCAUGGUAUCACCUGCGCGGGGGGAAUGACGACUUCCUGAUGUGCUCAAAGUGCCACCAGGACUUUGUGGCCGACACACCGUACGCGAGCGACUUUGUCGAGCUCAAGGAGCAUCGCGAUGGGAUGUGCUCGUACGCGAUCCCUAAAGCGGCGUACAAGUUGUUGCCCGAGGCCAAGCGAACGCGGGAUGGGACGGCGCUCAAGGCGUGGGCCAAAGACCGCGAGGAGAAGCGCCAAUGCGUUCCUGGCGAUACCUUUACACCCACGGAUAGCAUCCAGUGGUUCGCCCCGAAGAACAAUGCGAUCAACAACGUUGUCAUCUGCGGCGAGUGCAUGGACGACAUCGUGUCCGUCACGCCGUUCAUGGACAAGUUUGAUGCGCGUGAGAUGUCAGGGAAUGUGAGCUGGCAUUGCGACGGCGUGCACGAGUCAUUGCGGAACAACCUGCUGCGUGCAGGGACCAUUGGACCUGCGGCGUGGGACGACUUUUGCACCAACAUGAACCGCCUACAGACGCAGCCGUUCUGUGACGGUAAGGUGGUGGAGAGCACCUCGCGCAAGUGGUACACGACCUCGAGGCCGAUACACGGCUUCGUCUGCUGUGAGCGUUGCUACCUCGACAUGGUGAAGGCGUCGCCAUUCGCCUCGGACUUUGUGCCGUAUGAUCAGCCGCCGGCGCGUGAUUCGUUAUGGGGCUGCGACUUCUCGAGUCCACGCAUGCGCUACGCAUUCGAAGUGGCCAUCGACCACGGGAGCUUUGACAUCUGGUGGAUGGCGAUGGAUGCGGUUGUGCGCAAGAUGUUAGACCGCGACGAACGGCCCGACUUUGUCAUGGACAUGUGGGGCCUGGCGAACGUUCAAACCUUCACGUCCUGGGGCGAGGGCUGUAACAGCGACUUUAGUCUGUGCGGCGAAUGUUACCCGGCCUUUGUGACGCCCCUACGACUGGAAAAGUUCUUCCGCCCUCGCGCCCGCGGCACAGGACACAGGUGUUCGUUUUGUGACGGUCCGUCCUCGGCCGUGCGCUUCCCGAUCUACCUCAUGAAGCUUGCACAAGCACUCGACUGGGGCGUCUGGACACCAUUCUACGAGGUGGCUUUCUGGUUGGGUUAUGCGCCGCCAUGUCCUCGCCGCAACUUGGUCGAUCCCCCCGGCCGCCGAUGGUGGGGUUGGCGACCAAACCUCCAAAUCUGCGAAGAGUGUUAUUGGACUUUUGCUCGGGACACGUGGGCCGAAGACCACUUUGACUACAAGGGCGUGGUGACGGGCGACCAAAAGAACAUCUGCACGCUCUACUCGCCCCUCAUGCGCGACAAGUAUCGCGACGCUUGUGAACGGCAGGACGUUUCAGAGUUACUCGCAUUCGGCGAGGAACGGGGACACGCGUACGUCAGAUUCUACUUGCCCAUGCAAGAGCUCCUGAAACAGAUUGGGGGCGGAGCGUACGGUCUCGGCGCCGGGCCGUUUGGCACGGUGGGCUCGCAAAUCGGUGGGAUGGGGCCAGGGCCCAUGAGUCCCAGUCUCAUGGGCCCGGUGAGUCCUGCCGUCUCGAACGGAUACACCUACGGAACAUGGGGCUCGGGGACCGGCAUGCCUAGUGUUGCGGCCAAGGUCAUAUACUAUGAGCAGGAGUGGGAGAGGUUUGAGUAG